CCAGCCACCCAGUCGUCAGUCGAUCGUUUCGCUGCUUCGUCGUGCGACGGUCCGCGUUCCGUUCUACGUGCGGUUGUAAUUUUUUUUUUUUAUCGUUUCUGCCCGUGUUCCAUAAGAUAACGACGAUCACGGUCGGAAUUCCGUUGUAAAAAAAAGUAUUUCAACAAUAUCGUUCGGUAAACUCGGUGUUUGUUCGUUUGUUUUUUUAUUUUAUUUAUUUUUUUUUUUUACCGAUUUAGUUUUAGUUUUCGUUUCGAUCGGAGCAAAAAUUGAAAAUUAUCCAUCAAUAUCGAAUAUAGUAUAACAUAGUACACCUCGUCGACGGGAUUGCGCGUACCUAACUUUUUUAACGGAUCAACUGCCGCACCGUACGACCGUGUGUGUGUGCGCGUGUGUUUUUAUUUUAAAUUUUCAUUAUUUCGGCGUAAAUAAUAUUAUACACGACGUGUACACCGCAAGAGUGUAGGAUUCGUAGAACGAGUAGAUAAUAAUGAGGACUCGCAUUGUCGCGUUCGCGAUCUUGUUGUGUUUUGGCGGCACACCAUCGUCCGCCCAGAAUUCAAUUUCAACAGACAAGCCAUUGGUGGUGAGUAGUACUAGACGACCAAUACCUCAUGUUGAAUGUACUCUGCGGCAACAUACUUGUGGAAAUGGCAAAUGUGUACCGCUAGCAUGGACGUGCGAUGGAGAUGACGAUUGUGGCGAUAACACAGAUGAGCAGCCUGACAUGUGCAAACCAGGAAUGGCAAAUGUCACGUGUUCAGAAAAUGAGUUUCAAUGUAAAAAUGGACAUUGUAUAGCACUUCACUGGCAAUGUGAUAAUGAAGCAGAUUGCAAAGAUGGCAGUGACGAGGAUAUUAGAAUCUGUCACAAUAAACCCUGCAACAACCAACAAUUCCAAUGCGAACUCGGGUCGUGUAUAUCAGAUUUUUUGGUAUGUGACGGGAACGCGGACUGUUUAAACAAGGCAGACGAAAUGAACUGCAAAAAACGUGUGUGCAAUACGGACGAGUUCACUUGCCGGAAGACCAAGGGCGAGUGCAUCCCGUUGACGUGGAUGUGCGAUGGAAAUGCCGAUUGUUCUGAUGGUUCAGACGAGAAGGAGUGCAAUGAAACAUGCAGGGACGAUGAGUUUACAUGCGGUAACGGAAAGUGUAUCCAAAAGCUUUGGGUGUGUGACAGAGACGAUGACUGCCAAGACGGUACGGAUGAACUUAACUGCCCGAACAUCACUUGUCUGCAGUCCGAAUUCGCUUGCAUCAAAGACAAUACUUGUAUCACGUUGAACUGGCGCUGUGACGGCGACUUUGAUUGUACCGAUCACACUGACGAAAUCGGCUGCGCGGAAACCUCCAGAAUAUCGCAGUGUCGUUCUAAUGAAUUUGAGUGCGAUGACCACAGCCAUUGUAUUAUUCAAUCUUGGGUUUGCGACGGUAGCGUGGACUGUGCUGACGGAUCCGAUGAAGCCUCUCACCGUUGUCACAACACCACGUGCCGGUCCGAUCAGUUCCGUUGUCGGGACCACACGUGUAUUCCUGGAUUCUUGCAUUGUUCUGGUACUCCUGACUGUACCGAUGGUAGUGACGAAGAAAAUUGCAAAGAACCAGUGCACAAAUGUGAUCCGUUUACUGAGUUCGAUUGUGGUAACGAUGAGUCUGGUGGCAUGUGUAUACCCAUGUCGAAGGUGUGUGACAAAAAAACCGACUGCCCCGGAUUCGAAGACGAAGAACAGGACGCUUGCGGAGUAAACGAGUGUUUGAUCAACAAUGGUGGAUGCUCGCAAAUCUGUAUUGAUUUGCCACACACUUUCCGCUGCGCCUGCAAACCCGGCUACAAGCUGAUUAGCAACAACACGUGUGACGACGUAAACGAGUGCGAGAUCGAAGGUAGCUGUUCUCAAAUAUGUAUCAACGAGAAAGGCACAUACAAAUGCGAAUGCGAACCAGGAUACUUGAGAGAUCCACAAGACCACACUAGGUGCAAGGCUAUGGAAGGACAUGCUUCUCUGUUAUUCUCCAUGCAACAUAAUAUACGGAAGAUAUCAUUAGAUCAUCACGAGAUGUCUGCAAUCAUCAAUAGCACAAAAUCGGCCACAGCUAUUGAUUUCGUAUUUCGCACUGGAAUGAUAUUCUGGGGAGAUGUAUCAGAAAAGAAAAUUUACAAAGCCCCGAUCGAUGAAGGCAGAGAACGGUCUAUUGUUGUCGAGAGCGGCUUAUCAUCAGCCGAUGGAUUAGCUGUAGAUUGGAUUUAUGGUCACAUUUACUGGACAAACGCUGACAAAGAUUCCAUAGAAUUGGCCAACUUCGAAGGCAACAUGCAAAAAACAUUAAUAAAAUCGGAACUAAAAGAACCUAGAUCGAUUGCUGUAGAUCCACUCAAUGGGUGGUUGUACUGGAGCGACUGGGGCAGUAACGCGAAAAUCGAAAGGGCCGGUAUGGACGGGACUCACCGACAGGUGAUCGCGUCGUUCGACGUGAAAUGGCCCAACGGACUCACCCUGGACCUGGUGUCGAAGCGGCUGUACUGGGUGGACGCCAAGCUCCACACGAUCUCGGCGUGCAACUUUGACGGUUCCCAGAGGCGCCUGGUGCUGUUCAGUCCCACUUGGCUACCACACCCGUUCAGCAUAUCCACGUUCGAAGACUCCCUCUACUGGUCCGACUGGAACCAGAAGGCGAUAAUCAAGGCCAACAAAUUCAACGGUUCCAACAUAACCACGGUCACCGCUUUGCACAUGACCCAGAACCCGAUGGUCGUGCACGUGUACCAUCCUUACAGGCAACCGGACGGCAUAAACCAUUGCGCGGCCGUCAACGGCCAUUGUUCUCAUCUUUGCCUUCCGGCACCGCAGAUCAACAGCGAGUCGCCGAAAAUCUCUUGCGCUUGUCCCAACGGUCUCAUGCUAAUGUCCGACGGCCUUAUGUGCGCCGAAGAAGUUGUUAAGAACAAAACAAACAAACACAGACCUUAUAAAAUACCCAAUAGUACGCUGUUAAAUAUGAACAGAACGAUGACGGAAAUCAACGUCAACGAUCACAAGGAACAACAAGACAGCGGACUCAUAGCUGCCAUAAUCAUAUUUUCCGGUUCGCUAUUGAUAACUUUGGCCGCCCUGGGGGCUUUCUUGUUGUACCGGCACUACUUGCACCGCAACGUGACCAGCAUGAAUUUCGACAACCCUAUCUACAGGAAAACGACCGAAGAUCAGUUCACGUUGGAGAAGAGCCAGUACCAACCGGCCAGGGUGUAUCCUACGUCCAUCGGCGAAGAGUUUUUUAACGACAACUCGGCCCAAGAGCCGUUGACUCGUCCUGGCACAAACGAGUACGUCUAAAGUAUAGACCGUUUUAGUUUCUCUGCGCACAACACUAGUCAAUGGAAAUAUAAAAAUAAAUUAAAUACAAAUUGUUGUUCACGAAAGCGCAAUUGUACACGGCCAACGACAUAUCUGGCAAGUUACCAAUUUCACGCGUAAAUUUGCUUCAAGUGUUCAACUUACCCGAAUGACUAAUUUUCUUCUCCUUUAUUUAUAUUUUGUUGUACAACAUUCAGAGUCUUCCCAGCGUUUUCAUACACACAAUUAUUAUAAUUAUAAUACUUCCUUACGCCAAUAAUUUAAUGAAACAGUUCCUAUUGUAUAAUUUGUUUUAAGUUAUGUUAUUAAUAUUUAUGUAAAAAAACAAAAAAAAACAAAAAUAAUUUGUUUAAGCUAUGCGGUUUGCCUUUAACGACUGAGGUGUAUGUGCCAAAAAUUAAGAAUUGAGUUUUUUUUUUUAUUUAAAUUUUUUUUAUUGUUUGUUGCUCAAAAAGUAUAGGAAUCCUUGAUCUGCAUCAGUUCGCUCGUUUGUUCAAUUAUUUUAAUCGAUAUGUUUACUGUCCAUGCUGGUUUUUUUUUUUUUUUGGAAAAUUAAUAUGAAAUUAUUGUAAUUUUAGGAAAUUUACGAUAUGUAUAUAUAUAUAGUUAGUGUCAUUACUGUUGAUUAGUAAUUUUAGCUGCUAAUUAUAUACUCAACUAUAUAUUAUAGUUCCGUUAUUUAUUGAACAUAUUUUUUAAGCUUGUCUGUCUUAUUAGAUCAAAAAAUCGUAUUUUUAAUUGGAUUAUAAUUUUUACCUAUAAUAUACAUUAUACGUGUAUAGUAUAUAAGGAACCCAGUUAGGCCUAGCGGGUAGUUAUGAUUUUAUCGAUUUCGUAUGUUUUGAAAAUUGUAAGCCAUGUUUACGCGGUGGUCCAAAAAAGAAAUGUAUAUAUUAUAUAUAUGAAAAAAUCGGAAUGGUGGAAUGGAUGAGUAUACGCGUGCAAUCCCACUUACCAAAAAACACUCGGAAUUGCAUCGGUUUACAACACCAGCCUAACACAAUAUACUACUUUAUGGAGACUAUUGAUGACCGUUAACAGUCAUUAUUCUCGUUCUAAUAAUAUAAUUAUAUUAUAAUAUAUGUAUGUGUACCAUUUCGUUAGAUAAUAAUAGUUUUUAUUA